UGCACGGCGACUCCGUACGGUCCCUCAGCUCAUAGGGUUACCAAGCCGCUCUACGCAAAAACCAACUUACCGCGUUCAUAUGAAUUGAUAUAAUGGAGGAAACACAACUGCGAUCGUAUGGAAUCGACCUUUGAUACUAGGCCGCGGAGCCUUGGAGCCGGGCGGGCGCCUUGGGACGGGCUUCUUGCGCCCUACACGCCGCCGGUCAUGGACGACUUGCAUAGUCCAUGGAGCCCUCCGCGGCGCGCGCGCACAGCAAAGGGUCGGCCGGCAACUCCUACAUCAUGCUUAAAUUUGGAUAACGUCGACGAUUUAGCUCACCGAUUCAGCCUCUGCGGGAGUAUGCCAGCGUCGCCGUACGCGGCUUCAGCACGCCAGCGGCCCAGCUACUCCGCCGGUGGACGCGACUCUUCCAGGAGCCCUAGCGCGCGCACCAGACCCUUUAGUUCAGCUCGAAGCAACCCCUUUGCAACCUCGACACUCCAAGCGAGAUACUUAUAUAGCAACAACACCAACACCGGUUCCUUGCAACUUCCAACGCCACCUCCUGCAUCGGCCCCUCCCUCCCAGCAUUACUGUGGCCGGUCAACCGGCGCCCUAAGCACGGGGCAUGCACCCAGCCAUGCCCCGCUGUCGCUAUCUCUGCUGGCGGCUCCAGCCAGCCCAGCCUCCACCCUGCGUCGCGCUGCUGGCAGCACGGGCAGCGCGCUGGCAGCAGCCUCAGUUUCUCCCCCUACCAGCCCAGCAAAAUCUCCCCCACGGGUGAUGGACUCCUGGUCCUCCGGGGCCGGCCGCUCCGCCUCCCCGCUCGCCCUCCCACGCACCGCCUCCGAGGCCGACCUUUACGCCACGCAGAUGCUUGCUGUCACUGAGCACUUGAUACGCGUGCAGGAGGAGGCAACCAAGCGGACCGCCAGCCCCGCAAAGGGCGAGGCGGGUGUUGGCUCCUCGUCGCAGGGUCGCUACCUGCUCAACCUGGAGCCCAACCGCUCCACUCCGCUGGACCGCGACACCGCCGCGCUGGGACAGCUGUCGGUGGUGGCCAUGCAGCAGCGGCUGCAGCACAAGUUCGGGGAGGAGGCGGCGGCCUUCCUGCUGCAUGACCUCAACCAGGUUCCGGAGCACUUGCACGUGCUCUUCUACACCGUCAUCCUGCAGCUCCGCGAGCUGCCCAGCCCGCUGCCCUCCUCCCUGGGGGAGGCCUACCACGCGGUCUUCUCGCAGCACUACGACCGAACCGUGGGGGCGGCGGAGCGCCGCCACGCGCAGUACAAGGCCCAGGUGGCGCAGAUCCACACGCAGGCGCAGGCGCAGCUGGCGGCGCUGGAGCAGAAGGCGGCGGCGGCUGCCGCUGCGCUGGCUGCCGGCGGCGCGGGCGCCGGGGGCAUGGCGCGCGCUCCGCCGCCCGCCCAGCUGCAUGCGCAGCUGCAGGCGCACCAGCGGCAGGUGCAGCAGAACCAUGCGGCGCAUCAGGCGGAGCUGGCCAACCUGUCGGCGCAGGUGUCGGCGGCGAGGAGCUUGCAUGCGCAGGUCAUGCGGUUGCUCUGUGUCGCGGUGGCGGCCCAGGAGCGCCUCAGUCGGCAUCAGUUGGCCGCCAUGGGCUUUGAGGGCGUGCUGCAGCGCUUGCCGGCAUGGGAGGUCCUAUUUAACGUACGCGACGGCGUAUUCCUGAUGGCAGACCCCUCCCUGGAGAACUGGCUGAUGGACAAGCGCGCAGCCAAGCAGUUCGCAUGUGACCCGCGGGUCGGCCAUGCAGUGCUGGGUCAGCACUAUCGUCAGAUGGCCGAGGCGGAUGUACGAUCACUGGACGCGUACGGGCUGCGAUAUGCCGUACUGCACUUGCUACUGAGCGAGGAGGAGGUGACGGGCGGCGAAAGGCUGCUCAUGGACGCGGAUUAUCUGGAGCAGGUUUUCCGCACCAAGGAGGAGGGCACCUUCUUCCUCACCCUGCUCCGCAUGACGCACAAGACCGAGGUGGUUUCGGAGAGCCUCCGCUGGCUUCGCUACAACAUGGGGGCCCUGCGCGCGCACCCCCACGCCGUCAUACCCCUCUGGCAGGCGGUGCCAACACGCACGCUGCUUGCACGGCUCGUGGCAGCGGCGGCAGCCGCCGCCGCUGCCGCCGCCAACGGCAGCGCUUCCGCCGCGGCCUCCCACCGCCGCGCCUCCUGCACCACAGCGAGUGGGGAGACCAGCUGCCGGCCCAGCGGCGCCGGAGAUGACGCGGAUGGCGACGGCGCCGCCGAGCGAUGCAGAGCUGACGGCAGCGACUGCGGCGGCAGCGGCGGCGGUGCUCGUACGAGCAGCAGCGACGAUGCGCUGACGUCACCCACGGGUAGCAGCGCCGCCAGCGGCGGCGCUGGCGGCGGGGGCCAUGGUGGCGGAGGCGGCGUUCCCAGCCGGAAAGGCUGCCGGCCACAGUGCGUGCUAUUGAACCCGCCGCCUUUCUGGAACGUGGCGAUCACACAGCUUCAUGGGCACACGGGCGGUGUGACAGGGCUUGUGUUUGACCGCCGCAGCCGUCUGCUGGCAGCCUCCACUGCCGCGGGUUCGGUCCUCAUAUGGGACCAUGCUACGGCUCGUCGCGUGGCGUUGCUAACAGGGUACAGCCCGUCCGUGCCGUGCGCUGACCUGCACCCGACUGGGAGGCUGUUGGCGGUUGGGUCCUCAACGGAUUGUGCUGUACGCGUGCGUGCAUUGGAUUCAGGAUCCGGUCCGCUGGUGACGUUCAGCGAGCCGCAUCCAGAUCCCGUUAUACGGCUGCUACUGGGCCCGCGCAACGUGAUUGUACGGCACUUGGCGUACAGUCCAGAUGGCCAUCUUUUAGCGGUUGUGUACGGAGACGGCACGGUAACGGUUUGGGAUCCGGUGAAGGGCGUGCGCAGCUCCACCAUGCCCGUACUGAACCGGGGUACUGCGGCCCGGCAUGCCAGCUUCGCGCCAGAUGGGCAGGUCCUGGCGCUCGCAUGCGCCAACGGAACCAUCCGCGUGUGGCACCUGGAGCGGCUGAACCCGCUCCACGUCAGCGUGCUGCGAGCGUACGAACCAAACCUUGCCGUACGCUGCGUGCACUACAGCCCCUCCGGGCUGCUGCUGGCGUCCGUGGCGGAGGGCGCGAGCGAGGUGGUGCUGUGGGAUGUGGCCACGGGGCACCAGCAGCAGGCGCUGUCGGGGGGCCCGGGCGCGGCGCCGGUGCGGGCCAUUGCGUUCAGUCCUGGGGGGCUGCUGCUGGCGACGGCAGGGGACGACGGAGACGUGUGCCUCUGGAACGCCAACACGCGGGGCCAGUGGUCGCAGACCGCCUGCCUGCGGGGCCACUCCUUCGCCGUCAAUGCGCUGGCCUUCAGCCCCUGUGGCCAGGUGCUGGCGACGGGCGGCAACGAGGACGGCGUGCGGCUGUGGGACGUGGGCGCGGUGCUGCACCGGAGCGAAGCGCUGCGAGUGGAGAACGGCGGCGCUGGAGGGGGCUUGGGGGUGGGUGUGGGUGCAGGCGGCGCGGGAGGAGGAGCGGCGGGUGGCGGCGUUGGGCAGUACGGCAGUGUGGGGUCGGCGCCGGCAGGUGGAGCCAUCCUGCGGGGGGAUGAGGUCGUGAGCAGCGGCAGAUGUCCGGCUCCCGGCGUUGUUUCCUGCCUCUCCCACAACCCCAACGGCACGCAGCUAGCCGCUGGCCUGGCGGACGGCGCCGUGUGCAUUUGGGACUCCGCCGCGCCGCAUCGCUUCGCACGGCUGCUUAGCGACCACCGCCGACCCGUGGGUCGCGUCGUCUACAGCGCUGACGGCUUCCUACUAGCCUCCGCCUCGGACGAUGGCUGUAUCUGCGUUUGGUCCACACCCGAUGUGGACCCCGCAUCCACACGACUGCUUGCCGCCAUUCAAGCCGACUCUGCAUUGGGACCCUCCGGCGACAGCGUCAGGCGCGCCGGCAGCGGCGGCGGCGGAGCCGCCUCCGUAUCCGCCUCCGUUGCCGCCGACUCCUGCUCCCUGCCCCCGCUGCGCACCGGACAGUCCCCGUCAGGCUUCCGCCGCCACGGCCACGGCGCUGGAGGCUGGGUCACGCUGGCAUGUAGCGUGGUGUUCAACCCUAGCGGCUCGCACCUGGCUUCGGCGCACGACGACGGUACGGUGCUGAUCUGGUCCUUGCCGUUCGGCACGUUGGCGGCGCGGCUGCAUGGACACGCCAUGCUGACGCAGGGGCUGCAGUACAGUCCUGACGGGCGGCUGCUGGCGUCGUCCUCGGACUGUGGGCUGGUGUGCGUGUGGGACCAUGAGGAGGCCAUCCGCGCGGCCGUGGACGAGAUUGAGCCGGAGCCGGUUGCGCGGCUGCAGCACCGAGACCACGUGUACGGCCUCGACUUCGCCCCCGACAGCUCCUCCCUCGCAACCAUCAGCCGCGACGGCCAGCUGAGCACCUGGAACCCCCGCACCGGCGAAUGCACCGCCAGCAGCCCCCAUGGACACUCCACAGCCUCCAAAUCCUCUGUAGACGGAGUACGGCACAGUCCCGCGGGUCUGUUGCUAGCCACCGGGUCGUUAGAGGAUGGUGUCGUACGGUUGUGGCACGCCAGCAGCUGUACUCUGCUGCGGGAGCUAACAGGCGUGCGGUUGAUGGCGUGGGUGGGAGCGAGCCCGGCGCCCUGGGCGGUGGUGUUUCGAUCGGACUACGCACCGUUCGUGGCUCGUCUUCCGGAGCGGGCGUUGUUGCUGGAGGCUGCUGCAAUGGAGUCGGGGAGCGCGGCGGACAGCGGCGAGUUCGCCGUCGCGGCGGCUGAUGAGGCGGCGGAGGGGCUGGGCACCGCAGCCAUCGGAGUUCCGCUGACGCCGCAUGCACAGACCGAGGCAGCCACGCACCGGCGCCAGGAGCAGCUGCACCGCUGCCGGCAGCUGUCCUUCCGCCCCCGUGCCGACCCCCUAGCUCCUGUCGUGCCAGCGGACGCCCCACCGCUGCGCCCCGCCGUGCGCGCCUACAGCAGCACCCGCUCUGUGCCGCUGGUGUCCUUCCGGGGCCGCUCACUGGUCCUAGCUGACAGCGGCUCCACUGCAUUCUUCACUGUGGCGCACUGAUGCGUCCGUUUGGGUGUGUGCUGUUUGGGCCUCGCGGUGAGAUGGUCGUUGCAUCCGGUGUGCCAACGAGUAGAGUCUUGUGAUGCGCUGAUGCCUCCCUCUUUAUGUAUUCGUACUCCCAUGCUGCCGCCUCCCGUGGUGCCGCGUCUCCUUCUACUUCCGUGUAGCCUGGCGUGGAGGUGUGCAGGUACGACAGCAGCGUUUUGCCAGCGUUCGGAGCAACGGACGGCAGUGUAGUUGCGCGGACUGUGUAGGACUGUGCGCUUAUUCGAACGUGACGUGACCAGUCAGUACCCUCCCCCCAGAGCAUCCCUGCAUCUAGCCUGAGGGAGUUGAAGGGGGCUGACGGCCCUGUGACGACACGACACCCCUAACUCAGCGCACUGUUGUAUCACCAAUGGACCUUCUGGUGACAAAUAGGUUGAUCUUUGGACGGAUGCUCUGUAGAGUGGGGCUGGGCAUAUAGGGUCGGCGUGCAGCCUUGCAUGGAGACGGUGGACGCGUGUUGAAUUGGUUGUGGGUGAACGUGCAAUGUGGCUUCGUUCACGCCGAGUACCCGCAUUAGGCAGUAUCGGUUGCUGCUAUUGAUUGGGACUGUGUGCUUAACUUGCUGUCAGUCAAUUUAGAUUCAUUUCACAGACGUGUCAUCGCUGCAUGGGCUUUACCUAAGGGUCACAUUGGUCUGGGAACUGGCAUGGCAGCCAUGCCUGGGCGGCUCCUGACGCUUGGUUGACUGGGUUACUGUCGAGGAUUCUGGUGUCGAGUUCUCCCGUACGUCUCUUACUGUGCUCAUGGCAGCGGUAUGUACCGUCCACUGACGACUUGACGACGCGAUUCUACAACCCAACACGUAAUGCUGCCGACUGUUCUGUUGACGCAAGCCUGGACCUGCCAACAGCAGCGUUAGUUGACAAGUUUACUUUGUGCUAUGUGACUUGUGCUACCUGACAUGCGUAGCGGCGGUGCUGGUUGCGGGUGGGGAUGCAUGCGCACUACUCGGGACUGCGCGCAUGUACGCAACGAUGGGGGAUUGAUGAGCUUUGCUGGAUUGCCGGUUAGUCGCCCCCAAGACGCCAAGUGGAAGAGUGCAGUGAAGCAUGCACGUAUUGCACCACUUUGUAUGUGGCCGUCUUGACACAGCGGCGCUGGUCGGCAUAAGGCUGGCCGCGGGACUCGAUAACCGGCACAUGUGACAAGAUCUGUGUGUUUGUACGACUUUGCAGGUUUCCACGCAGGUGCGUAGUGUGGACCUGCUCGUGGGCUUUGUGUCAAGUGACCCUGCAGGGAUGCGAGGUGGAUCAGUCAAGGAUGGAAACCGCUUGUAAUUAUGGCCUCAGAGCGUGCUACGUGGCAAUGUGUAUGGUGCCGUUGUACAUGGCUUGCAUAGCC